AGCACUGAGAGCCCUCAACCCAAAGAGGCUUGUUGCUCGUUGCUCGUUUGAGAAGUCGAAAGGUUUACCCAGGAGACGGAAAAGCCGGAAAAAGAUACGAGAAAUGCCUGCAAAGAAAAAACUUGAAGGCAAAGCUAAAGCCGGGAGUAUACCGGGGGAUACAGGAUCUGUGGCAACCGCGACUAUGGUUCGGCGCCAAAUGCCGCCGCGCGCCUGCAAGAGCAAGAGCCAGAGCGCCGCCAGACCCAGUCUUAGUCCCAGCCGCCUGGCCAAGAAGCCCAGCCUGACGCCGACCACCGGUUCUCAGGCGCCAUCGCAGACCAUCGCAAAGUCGAGGCCCACCGGUCUCGAGACGAUUUUUGAACGGCCCGGCGAUGAGGACGACGGGCCAACCAGCAGCCAUGCCGUGGCAUUCGGCGAGUGCCAGCGCCGCGUCCUCGCCCUGGUUACGGGCGAUAAAAAAGAACCCUGUCGCAGAAGAGCUGCCUGA